UUAUCUUUCGCUGUAGUUGUUCAAGAGAAAAGCUCAUAAUCAUCAAUCGACAAAAUGUUUCGAACGCUUUCCCAGCGAGUAUGGCCAAGGACUGUCUUUUUACGUCAGAAGCAUACUCUUCCCGAUUUGCCAUACGACUACAACGCUUUAGAGCCAGUUAUUUCGGCGGAGAUUAUGCAACUGCAUCACCAGAAGCAUCAUCAGACCUAUGUUACCAUGCUUAACCAAGCUGAAGAGAAGUUUAUGGAAGCAAAGGAGAAGAACGAUUUGAAGACGAUGGUUGCUCUUACGCCUCAGCUUCGUUUUAAUGGUGGCGGCCACAUCAAUCAUUCCAUCCUUUGGCAGAAUUACUCUCCUAAGGGAGGCGAACCUGAAGGAGACCUGUUGAAAACGAUCGAAGCAAAUUUUGGCUCAUUUGAUACGUUGAGGAAUGGCCUGUCUUCUUCGGCCGUAUCUCUCCAGGGUUCUGGAUGGACCUGGUUGGGCUACAACAAGAGCACAAACAGCCUAGCUAUUGCCACUUGUGCUAAUCAAGAUCCCCUGGAGCCCACAACAGGACUCGUUCCACUGCUUGGAAUUGAUGUUUGGGAGCAUGCAUACUACUUGCAGUACAAGAGCGUCCGAGCUGACUAUGUCAAUAAUGUCUUUAAGAUAAUCAAUUGGAAAGAUGUGGCCACUCGACUGGCCACAGCAAGACAAUAAUUCGUCCCGAAUCCUGGGGU